AUAAUCUUCCCUCCCUUCUUCCCUUUCAAAUAUCACAUUCCAACUCAAAUUAUUAAUUUCCAAUUUUUUUCCUUUUUAGGUUGCAAUAAUUUACCAACACAAAACACCAUAACCAACUAUAAUAGACAAAGCACCAUAAUCCAACACUGCUCUCAACUCACCAAAAUCAUACCCAACAAUGCAAUUUCAGGGAACCAUCAUUAUUGCUUCUCUCUUCUCUGCAACUUUUUUGUUCUGUUUCUGCACUUCUCUCAAGGAGGGGCAAAUAUGUGUAGCAAAUCGGAACUGCGAUUCAGGGUUACACUGCGAAACCUGUUUGGCAAAUGGAAAUGUGCGGCCCCGGUGCACCAGAAUUCAGCCCGUAAAUCCAUUUUCAAAGGUGAAGGGGUUGCCUUUCAAUCGGUACACGUGGUUGACAACCCAUAAUUCGUUUGCUAGAUUAGGAGUGAGGUCUGCUACUGGGUCCAUACUUCUAACACCCAUGAAUCAGCAGGAUUCCAUUACUGAUCAGCUCAAUAAUGGUGUGAGAGGGUUGAUGUUAGAUAUGUAUGACUUUCAGAAUGACAUCUGGUUGUGUCACUCCUUUGGUGGAAACUGCUACAAUUUUACUGCUUUUCAACCAGCAAUUAAUGUUUUGAAAGAGGUUCAAGUAUUUCUUGAAGCAAACCCAUCAGAAAUCGUCAUUAUUAUAAUUGAGGACUAUGUUUCAUCACCGAAUGGCUUGACAAAAGUGUUUAAUGCUGCUGGCCUGAGGAAAUAUUGGUUUCCUGUAUCUCGAAUGCCAAAAAAUGGUGGAGAUUGGCCAACUGUUGAUGAUAUGAUCCAGAAAAAUCAGCGUCUGGUGGUUUUUACUUCGAAAUCAAGCAAGGAAGCUUCUGAAGGAAUUGCCUAUGAAUGGAGAUAUGUAGUAGAAAACCAAUAUGGAGACGGUGGGAUGAUAGCCGGUUCAUGUCCAAACCGUGCAGAGUCACCUGCCAUGAACACAACAUCAAGGUCAUUAGUAUUAGCAAAUUACUUUCCUGAUAGACCAGAUGUAACCCAAGCUUGCAAGCAUAAUUCUGCUCCCUUGAUGGAUAUGGUGAAAACUUGUUCUGCUGCUGCUAAAAGGUGGCCUAACUUCAUUGCAGUCGACUUUUACAAGAGAAGCGAUGGUGGGGGAAGUCCACAAGCUGUAGAUGUUGCAAAUGGCCAUCUUGUCUGUGGUUGUGGAAAUAUUGCCUCUUGCAAGCCAAAUAUGACUUUUGGAGUAUGUGAUGAGCCAGAGGCAGAAAUUGCUCCAGUCCCUGGUGGUGCUGAUUCCAGCUUUGCUCAUUUGGAUGUGAGACUGGUUCACCUCCGGUGGCUUCUUGGGGUAAUUCUGGUGGUAUUUUCCUUGUCAAUAUGAACAUAAAGUCUGCAACUUUGUACUCUUCUGAUUCACUAAUGAGGGGUUUUUUUUUUCAAAAAAAAAAAAAAAAAGGAAAAAGGAAAAAUCCCUCUAACCAGCAGCAACCUAUUUAGAAUAGUAUGUAGUUCUCAAAAGGGAUUCAUGUGAUUGAAACUGUCAAUAAAAAAGGAUGUCUUUGCUA